UCCUGUGUCUCCAUGCACAUGUGGUAAACAAGCGAAUGCGUCGCCGGGUGUGCAAGCAUGGACUCCUCACUAAAGUGGGAGAAUCUGCCCAAAGCUCCGAGUCUAAAGAAUCUGACAGAGAGCAGAUUUGGCGUCCUGAAUGACUCUCAACACACCGCCGUUCAGGACCUGACGAAAGCUCACAUCGAGUCGUUUGACCAGGCUGUCACUGACGGGCUCACCCGCGUUGUGCAGGCCAUCCCUCCCUUGGAGUUCACAGUGAACAAAGAUGACAGGCUCAGCCUCGCGUUCGUUGAGGCCACCGUCUACAGCCCGGUGGUCGCCAAAGGGAGCAUCUGCAGGGAGCUGAAGGUGUUUCCAGCAGAGUGCAGGGGGAGAAAAUGUACAUACAAAGGGAAGAUAGUGGCAGAUGUCAGCUGGUCAAUCAACGGAGUCCCCAAAGGCAUCAUAAAACAGUCCAUGGGUCAGGUGCCCAUCAUGGUGAAGUCCAAGAUGUGUAACCUGCAUGGCAUGCCCCCCAAAGAGCUUGUAGAACACCAUGAAGAGGCAGAGGAAAUGGGAGGCUAUUUCAUUGUGAAUGGAAAUGAGAAGGUUAUCCGUAUGUUGAUCAUGCCACGGAGGAACUAUCCCAUUGCCAUGUCGAGGCCAAAGUGGAAGAGCAGGGGCCAGGGAUACACUCAGCAUGGUAUUUCCAUGCGCUGCGUAAAGGAAGAGCACACAGCCGUUAACAUGAAUCUACAUUAUUUGGAAAACGGGACUGUGAUGCUGAACUUCAUCUACCACAAAGAGCUGUUCUUCCUCCCACUCGGCUUUGCACUGAAGGCCCUGGUGGACUUCACAGAUUUUCAAAUCUACCAGGAACUGAUCAAGGGCCGCGAGGAAAAUUCCUUCUAUAAAAGCUGUGCGUCCGAGAUGCUGCGCGUUGUCAUGGAGGAGGCCUGCACCACCCGCAGCAAGGUGCUGAAUUACCUCGGAGAGCGCUUCAGGGUUAAGUUGAGCCUUCCUGAGUGGUACACAAACGAGCAGUGCGCCAACUUCCUGCUGAAUGAGUGCAUCUGUAUCCACCUAAAGUCAGACACAGAGAAGUUCUACCUGCUGUGUCUGAUGACCAGGAAACUUUUCACGUAUGCCAAGCAGGAGUGUAUGGAGGAAAACCCCGACAGCAUCAUGUGUCAGGAAGUGCUCACUCCUGGUCAGCUCUAUCUCAUGUUUAUGAAGGAGAGAAUGUUGGCCUGGUUGCAGUCUGUGAAGCUGUCCUUUGACAAGAGAGGCAGCAGACUGAAAGGAGGAUGGACCCCUGAGAACGUGAUAAAGAUCUUCAACAUGGGCACGGACCUCACCAAAUCCUUUGAAUAUCUGCUGGCCACAGGAAACCUCGCCUCCAAGACAGGCCUUGGCAUGCUGCAGAACACAGGCCUGUGUGUUGUAGCUGACAAGCUCAACUUCAUCCGCUACCUGUCCCACUUCCGCUGUGUGCACAGAGGUGCGGCGUUCGCCAAGAUGAGGACCACUUCUGUUCGUAAGCUGCUGCCCGAGUCCUGGGGCUUCCUGUGUCCCGUCCACACUCCAGAUGGAGAUCCGUGUGGACUCAUGAACCACAUGACGGCCAUCUGUGAGAUUGUGGCACCGACCUUGUCCACCAUAUCCCUGCCUGCUCUGCUCUGUUCCCUCGGUGUCACUCCAGUGGAUGGAUCUCCUGGCCAAGCUUAUUCAGACUGCUACCCCGUGAUCCUGGACGGGGCUGUUGUGGGCUGGGUGGAGACUGAAUUAGCCCAAGCUGUGGUCGACUCCUUGCGGAGGUUCAAGGUGCUGAAAGAGAAGAGGAUCCCUCCCUGGACCGAGAUUGUUCUGGUUCCCAAAACAGGCAAGGCCAGCUUGUACCCAGGCCUGUUCCUCUUCACAACACCCUGCCGUAUGGUGCGGCCCGUACGCAACCUAGCUCUUGGCAAGCAAGAGUUGAUUGGCACCUUUGAACAACUGUACAUCAAUGUGGGCAUCAUGGAGAAUGAGAUCCAGCCAGGAGUGACCACACACCAGGAGCUCUUCCCUUACAGUAUGCUCAGCGUGGUGGCUAGCUUCAUCCCCUAUUCGGACCACAACCAGAGUCCGAGGAACAUGUACCAGUGUCAGAUGGGUAAGCAGACUAUGGGUUUCCCCCUGCACUCAUUCCUGGACCGUUCUGAUAACAAGCUGUACCGGCUCCAGACCCCACAGAGCCCACUGGUCAGGCCCAGCAUGUAUGACCACUACAACCUGGACAACUACCCCAGCGGCACCAACGCCAUCGUGGCCGUUAUAUCCUACACAGGCUACGACAUGGAAGAUGCCAUGAUUGUGAACAAGUCAUCAUGGGAGAGAGGCUUUGCCCAUGGAUGUAUCUACAAGACUGAGCUGGUGGACCUGGCAGACAAAGUGAGGGGAGAUGACAGCGUGGUGUUUGGGACCAAGCCAGGUGACCCUAAAGUACAGGACAAACUGGACGCUGAUGGACUUCCGCACAUCGGGUCGACACUUCAGUUUGGGGACCCCUUCUACAGCUACAUCAACCUCAACACAGGCCAGACCACCGUCAACUUCUACAAGAGCCAGGAGGCCUGCGUUGUGGACAAUGUAAAGAUCUGCAGCAACGACACUGGCUCAGGCCGCUUUAAACGCGUGUGCAUCACCAUGCGAGUGCCGCGAAACCCCACCAUUGGUGACAAGUUCGCCAGUCGCCACGGUCAGAAGGGCAUCCUGAGUCGCCUGUGGCCGGCCGAGGACAUGCCCUUCACAGAGAGCGGCAUGGCCCCCGACAUCCUGUUCAACCCCCACGGCUUCCCCUCCCGCAUGACCAUCGGGAUGCUGAUCGAGAGCAUGGCCGGCAAGUCUGGCGCCCUGCACGGCCUGAGCCACGACGCCACCCCCUUCACCUUCUCAGAGGAGAGCUCUGCGCUCGAGUACUUCGGCAAAAUUCUCCGGGCGGGCGGCUACAACUACUACGGCACGGAGCGGCUCUACAGCGGAGUGAGUGGCCAGGAGCUGGAGGCCGACAUCUUCAUCGGGGUCGUCUACUACCAGCGGCUGCGUCACAUGGUCUCCGACAAGUUCCAGGUGAGAACCACUGGAGUAAGAGACAAGGUGACCAACCAGCCAGUGGGGGGGAGGAACAUUCAGGGAGGCAUCCGUUUCGGGGAGAUGGAGCGAGACGCCCUGCUGGCCCACGGCUCGUCUUACCUGCUUCACGAUCGCCUCUUCAACUGCUCGGACCGAUCGGUGACUCAGGUGUGCGUCGACUGUGGCAGCCUGCUCUCCCCCCUGUUAGAGAAACCGCCGCCCUACUGGUUGGCCCUGCGCCACCGCGAGACCGUCUGCACACUGUGCGGUAAAAGUGACUCCAUUGACACGGUGUCCGUUCCUUACGUCUUCCGCUACUUUGUGGCCGAGCUGGCGGCAAUGAACAUCAAAGUCAAAUUAGAUGUGAAGUGAGUUUUUGCAGGACAAUCGGACCAGUAAAGAUGCAUGCCUUAAAUGGGACAAAUCAAGAGAAAGUCACUGCUGUUAAUGCUAAUUAAAAGGUACAGUGUGUAGCAUUUGGGGGGAUAUUGGCAGAAAUUGAAUAUAAUGUUUUAUUUAAAGUAUAAUCAACUGAGAUUAAGAAUCGUGUUUUCGUUACCUCAGAGUGAGCCGUUUGUAUCGACAGAGCCGGCCGCCAUGUGUCUACAGUAGCCCAGAACGGAUAAACUGGCUCUUGAUAGAGACGGUCACAUUUUUGUGUCUACCUCCGUAGUUAGUAGUUCUCCGGCACAAGGAAGCAACCUCGCCACCAGAUCCUACACACUGCACCUUUUAAAAUGGGUCCUGAUAUCCUCUGAAGUUGCUACAGAAAGAAUAAAACACAAACUGUAGAGCCAUGAUAUGUCACAAUAACCUGGUUCCUUAGAAGUGUAUCUCCACUGUCAAAAGUGUGUUAUUAGCUUAGACUUAGAAGAAAUGACAAAGUAGCAGCAUAUGAUGUGUUGAUAUGUUAUUGGAUGUAAAAAUAACCCAGAGAUCUUUUUGUACAGUCACAUUGAGCAUGGAAUAAAAAAUAUUUUAGAAUGAA